AAGGCAGCUCCAAGCGCUCCCUCCACUGAGUUUGCAGUCUCCUACACAGAAAGCACCUUACAGCCCAGCACUGAAAGCUGUUCACGUUGUACUUAUCUCCCCAUGUUCGUUAUGCCGCUGGACCAGCCUCGCUGACUGCUUUGUGUGUCAACAACAAAAAGAGUUUUUAAUUCGUUAUUUCAUUCCCGUUGUCCUACUCUCCCUUUAUUUGAGGAUGAGCUGUUGUACAGGGCGGUGUACCCUCAUCUUCCUAUGUAUCGUUCAGCUGCUUGCUGCUUUGGAGAGACAGAUCUUUGAUUUCUUGGGCUAUCAGUGGGCCCCCAUUCUAGCAAACUUCUUGCACAUCAUUGUUGUCAUACUUGGCCUUUUUGGUACAAUUCAGUACAGACCUCGGUACAUUAUGGUGUAUGCAUUCUGGACAGCACUGUGGGUCACCUGGAAUGUAUUCAUCAUCUGUUUUUAUUUGGAAGUAGGAGGUCUUUCGAAGGAGAGUGACCUACUGACAUUCAAUAUUUCUGUGCACCAUUCCUGGUGGAGUGAACACGGUCCAGGCUGUGUCAGAAGAGAGAUGCCAGCUGCCUAUGUGAAAAGUUUGGAUGGCCAUUCCUAUAUCUCUGUGAUGGGUUGCAUUAUUGAUUACCAAUAUAUCGAGGUUAUUCACAGCUCUUCUCAAAUAUUGUUGGCACUCAUUGGAUUUGUCUAUGGAUGUUAUGUUAUCAGCGUCUUUACAGAGGAAGAAGACAGCUUUGAUUUUAUAGGUGGAUUUGAUUCAUUCUCCGUCUACCAUGUGCCUCAGAAACCCUCUCAUGUACUAUUAAAGCCAGUUUAUCUGUCUACGUAAAUGAACGAACUUCACUACAGUACGUCUUUAUUUGAAGAAACCAUUGCAACAAGACAACAAAAAUUAAAAAAAAAACAGCUCACACGUUUCCAAGUAUCAUUUUGUGAAAGAAUUAAUGUUUUGCGUAUUGCAACAAUUUAUAGUCAUUUCUAACAUAACUGCAUUUUCUUUUGGAUUGCCAUAAUCCACUGUUUUGCAUGCAGGUACAAAGAAGAGUUGCUCGUUCGAGAUCAGAGAAAUGUUCAUUAUACCAGUGAAUUUGUUGGAGCUAAACCUACAAUUGGUUUGCAUGGUCAUAGAUGCACAGAACAAAAGAUGCCCAUUUUAGUAAUGUCAUUCCAUAAUUUGAAAAUACAGAAAGUAGACUUUGGGUUUUGAAGCGUGAUGCUAUAACUUUCUAACUGUUAAAUGGUUUUUCACAGAGGAGCUGUUAGCUUUCUGGAGCAGAGAAGCAGUAUAGCUUUCAACUUGAUUAAUGUGCCAAGCUGCCAAGCAAAAUAAGACAUCUUUUCUGACAGAAAAUUUGUUUAAAUACAAUAGUUUUCCAAUUAUCAAUGUAUAUUUAUCAUUUGUGUGAUAAUCAGCCCAUUGUUCAUUGUCUUUUAUUGUGAAGUGUUUUGAUCUUCGAUACUACAAAUUCCUCAUUUUCUGUCAGGUUUGCAAGUAUUGUUUCAUAAACAGGAAAUGCUCCUGCAUUACAUUAGCAUUUCAUUCAGACCUUUGCUCACAUUCCUUUACAGGGUUUUUUUUGGACACAUCAUUGAGUAUGAUCAGUUCAGCUUAGCCCUUCUGUACCUUUAAUUUACAUUGCUCGUUAUGAAAUGUGGAACCUGCACUAAAUUAAUGUUCAUGUCAAUAUAAAGAUCAGAUGAAAUCUGUAUCUUAAAGAUAGUUCUGGAUCAAAUGGCAAGGAGGUAUGGAUAUAUGUAAGAAGAAUUUUCACCAGCACAAAUAGGAUUAGGGCAGCAGCUGAUGUUUUAAAAAACUUAUUGGAUAUCAGCAAUUUUUCCACUCCACAGUAAAUGGUUAACUGUGUAAAAAUUUUUUUAAUUCAUGUAGUGGUCUGUGGUUAAUUCAUAAUCUUGAUUCUAUGGUCCCAUCUGAUAGUAAUUCCACAACAUUGUUAGUAGGAACAGUGCAAUAUGCUGAAGCUAUUUUCUUUAAACAUUGGAAAACACUGAAAGAUGUCUGAAUAAUGGAAAACACAACACAGUCUAAGAAAUAUCGUAUAAAGAAUGCCACACCAUCCUGCAUGUUACAAUAACUCGGAAAGAAAUAUACCUAGGCUUCUGGUGAGUCAUUUCAUGUCUAGUCAGGUGAAUCAAAUUAGUAAUAUCAUGAAUGUAUACAUUUUUCCAGGAAUAUGUACUAAACAGUUCAAAAAAUAAAAUUUUGUGUUUUCAAAU